GGCAUUUCUUUUUCGCCAUCCUUUUUCCUUUUAAUUUUCCCUUGUUUCUGACACAUAAAUUACAAAAAAAUAAUAUUUUAAAAGAAAAGAAGAAAGAUUAUGCUUUCUGGCGAAGUGGGUUUCCGCCAUGAAAAGCAUCCAGUGAAGCAGACGUGGGUUUUCUUGUUCUUGAAGUGGGUUUAGCUCUUGAAACCAGUUUCGGAAGAAAAUUAGGAACGUUGGCUUCAUUUCCCUUCGUACACCAAGCUUUUGGCAACUGGGCAUAUCUUCUCUGCUUCAGCGAUGAAGACGACGAGACUGAUGGUGGUGGUGAUGAUAAGAAGGUUCUCUGUUUGUUUCUUUGGAUUCUUAUGGCUUCUGGGCUCUGCCAGUGCAUUGCUUUCCCCUCAAGGAGUGAACUUCGAAGUUCGAGCUUUGAUGGACAUAAAAGCUUCCCUCAAUGAUCCUCAUGGUGUUCUUGAAAGCUGGGACAGAGAUGCUGUUGAUCCUUGUAGUUGGACUAUGGUCACCUGUUCUUCUGAGAAUUUUGUCAUCAGCCUGGGUACUCCGAGCCAGAGUUUAUCUGGUACAUUGUCUCCAAGCAUUGGCAACUUAACCAAUCUUCAGAUUGUGUUGUUGCAGAAUAACAACAUAUCAGGAAGGUUGCCAACAGAACUUGGUCGGCUUACAAAGCUUCAGACACUUGAUUUGUCUGAUAACUUCUUCCAUGGCGAAAUCCCGUCUUCCCUAGGCCGCUUAAGAAGCCUGCAGUACCUGAGGCUUAACAACAAUUCUCUGUCUGGGGCUUUUCCUUUGUCACUGGCUAAUAUGACUCAACUUGCCUUUCUUGAUUUGUCUUACAACAAUCUUAGCGGUCCUGUUCCAUCAUUUGCUGCCAAGACUUUCAGCAUUGUUGGGAACCCUCUGAUAUGCCCAACGGGGGCCGAACCCGACUGCAAUGGAACCACUUUAAUGCCUAUGUCUAUGAACCUGAACGAGACAGGAGCACUUUUAUACAAUGAGAGUCAUAAGAGAAACAAAAUGGCCAUUGUCUUCGGGUCAAGCGUCUCCAGUGUAUCCUUUAUCAUCCUUGUUUUCGGGUUGUUUCUUUGGUGGAGGCAAAGACGCCAUCAACGGACAUUCUUUGAUGUCAAAGAUGGGCAUCAUGAGGAAGUUUCCCUCGGAAACUUGAGGAGAUUCAGUUUCAGGGAACUUCAGAUUUCGACGCAUAACUUCAGCAGCAAGAACCUGUUGGGAAAAGGUGGCUAUGGAAAUGUGUACAAGGGGAUUCUGGCAGACGGUACAGUUGUCGCCGUGAAGAGGCUUAAAGACGGAAACGCCCUUGGAGGGGAGAUUCAGUUCCAGACAGAGGUCGAGAUGAUCAGUCUAGCUGUUCAUCGCAACCUCCUAAGACUCUUUGGUUUCUGCAUCACUCCGGCCGAGAAGCUUCUUGUCUAUCCUUAUAUGUCUAAUGGAAGUGUAGCUUCUCGCCUCAAAGGAAAACCGGUUCUGGAUUGGAGCACAAGGAAGAGAAUAGCGAUAGGAGCAGCAAGGGGGCUUGUGUAUCUCCACGAGCAAUGCGAUCCAAAGAUAAUACACCGUGAUGUAAAAGCAGCGAAUAUCCUGCUCGAUGACUACUGUGAGGCAGUGGUGGGUGAUUUUGGACUGGCCAAACUCUUGGAUCAUCAAGAUUCUCAUGUCACGACGGCGGUAAGGGGAACUGUUGGUCACAUUGCUCCGGAGUAUCUCUCCACUGGUCAGUCGUCUGAGAAAACUGAUGUAUUUGGCUUCGGUAUUCUUCUUCUCGAACUCAUAACCGGGCAACGGGCACUAGAGUUCAGCAAGGCAGCUAACCAGAAAGGCGCAAUGCUUGAAUGGGUAAAGAAGAUUCAUCAAGACAAGAAGCUGGAAGUUCUCGUGGACAAGGACUUGAAAGGGAACUACGAUGGAAUAGAGUUAGAAGAGAUGGUGAAGGUGGCAUUGUUAUGCACACAGUAUCUGCCCGGUCACAGACCGAAGAUGUCAGAAGUGGUUAGGAUGCUGGAAGGAGAUGGGCUUGCGGAGAGAUGGGAAGCCUCUCAAAGAACAGAGUCCACUUCAAAAUGCAGCAGCCGACCCAACGAACUGUCGUCUUCAGACAGAUACUCUGAUCUCACCGAUGACUCCACCUUACUUGUCCAAGCAAUGGAGCUUUCAGGACCUCGGUGAAAAAAAAAGGUUACGGAUUGUUGCUUACUUAUAAAGGGUCUCCUUUGACGAUGAGGAAAUCAAAAUAAGCAUUAAAAAAAUGCAGUUUAAUCUGCAUUGAGAGAGAGUCGUGAAUUAGAUGAAGAACACAGCUGACACAACAAGGUUUGGUCAUGCUCUGUUGUUCUUGAGGAAUCUUUGUUUUAGGUUGAGAUUUUUUAUUUUUGUAUAAUAGACAGGUUUUGGGUUUGUCUCUGCAACUGUAUACACUUUUGAUGUAAGAAGAUAUUUAUUCGUAUA